AAUCACCCCUCCACCGAAACGGGAGCUCUCCGCCGCCGCCCACCGCCUCGCCGCGAACCCUACCCCCACCCACCACCCAUGGCGCUCUCCCGCCGCCUCCUCCCCCUCCCACUCCUCCUCCUCCGCCGCGGGGUGCCGUCCGUCUCCUCCCCUGCCGCCCGCGCGCUCUCCACGGCCGCCGUCACCACGACGGCCGAUGCCGCCGCCGCCGCCGAGGAGGACGGGGAGGCGGUGACCAUCAAGGGCGUGCGCAUAUCGGGGCGGCCGCUCUACUUGGACAUGCAGGCCACCACGCCCGUCGACCCGCGGGUGCUCGACGCGAUGCUCCCCUUCUACCUCUCCCGCUACGGGAACCCGCACUCCCGCACCCACCUCUACGGCUGGGAGUCCGACGCCGCCGUCGAGGAGGCCCGCGCCCGCGUCGCCGCGCUGGUGGGCGCCGACCCCAGGGAGAUCUUCUUCACCUCCGGCGCCACCGAGUGCAACAACAUCGCCGUCAAGGGCGUCAUGCGCUUCUACCGCGACCGCCGCCGCCACGUCAUCACCACCCAGACCGAGCACAAGUGCGUCCUCGACUCCUGCAGGUACCUCCAGCAGGAGGGCUUCGAGGUCACCUACCUACCGGUGCGGCCCGACGGCCUCGUCGACGUCGCGCAGCUCGCCGACGCGAUCCGCCCCGACACCGGCCUCGUCUCCGUCAUGGCGGUCAACAACGAGAUCGGCGUUGUGCAGCCGCUCGAGGAGAUUGGCCGCAUCUGCCGGGAGAAGGGAGUGCCGUUCCAUACUGAUGCUGCACAGGCGCUCGGGAAGAUCCCGAUUGAUGUCAACCAAAUGGGGAUUGGGCUUAUGUCUUUGUCGGCGCACAAGAUUUAUGGGCCAAAGGGCGUGGGCGCUCUCUACCUGCGCCGUCGCCCCCGCAUCCGUGUGGAGCCGCAGAUGAGUGGUGGUGGUCAGGAGCGUGGAAUUCGCAGUGGUACAGUGCCGACGCCUCUUGUUGUUGGAUUUGGUGCUGCCUGCGAAAUUGCAGCCAAAGAGAUGGACUAUGAUCACAGGAGAGCUGUGGUUCUGCAGCAGCGCCUGCUCGAUGGCAUCCGUGGACAGGUGGACGAUAUUGUUAUCAAUGGAAGUAUGGAGCAUCGUUACCCUGGUAACCUGAACUUGUCAUUUGCAUAUGUGGAAGGAGAAAGCUUGCUGAUGGGUCUAAAGGAGGUGGCUGUGUCGAGUGGUAGUGCCUGCACUAGUGCCAGCUUGGAGCCAUCUUAUGUGCUGCGGGCACUUGGUGUAGAAGAGGACAUGGCACACACCUCUAUUCGCUUUGGCAUUGGCCGCUUUACAACUGAGGAAGAGGUUGACAGAGCAAUUGAGCUCACUGUGCAUCAGGUGAAGAAGCUUCGUGACAUGAGUCCACUAUAUGAGAUGGCCAAGGCAGGCAUAGACCUUAAGAGUAUCGAGUGGGCGCAGCACUGAGGCAUCUUUCACUUAGAAUGAUUCCCUGGCUGCUUUUGAAGUGCAUGGAAGGACACAUAGAUAGGGUGGCUUGGUCUUAGGAUUGCUCCGUGCUGAUUCCAAGCCCAUGAAGACAUUUGUGCGCGAAGGAGCCAUGUGGUUGUUCUGUCAAGACAAUCAGUUAGUACUGUACAUCUAUUUGCUUGCCAAGUUGCCAGCUCUCUGGCUGGGAACUGAUGUUUCUGCUAGGUUAGCACUUGUUUUCUACUAGCUAGAUACCCCCAACACAAAAUAAGGAAGCUCGAGUGUUAUUGUAUUGCCUGAAACUCUUUGAGAUACAGUUGGAGUUGUGGCAUAGUGCUGUUGCUAUAUAUUUUGUCGCCCACAUUACAAUUUUCAACACACUGGGUUAUCUUUUAUUCUGAUACCCUAGCAA